UUGACGUCACAAAACAUCGGUGAUAGUCGGACUGGCAGAAAGCAACAAGAAAAACUGCAAAAUGGCGACCCUGGACAGUAGUCCAUCGCAUUUUGCGGGUCAACCAUGGUCCGAAUGGGCCAAUACUGUGCCUUCCCCACCAUAUAGUGAUUCAGGUGGUGAAAGCUCUGAAUCUAAAUCUACUGACGACAGUGAUAGUAUGAAACUGAAUGUUGAAGAUAGUGCAUUGUUUGGAGUGUGUCCUUCUCAAGAUGAGUUUUUUCUUGUCCAGUGCGAGAAGUGUAAUAAAGUAUUAAAGCCACAAGCGCUUAACAUACAUCUACGAAACAGACAUUGUGAAUCAAGUGCAAUGCCAGGACUGACAAAAGCAAAGACUUUACAACCAAAUUGCUCACUAAAGGCUUCACCAGCAAAGUCUGGGUCAGUGAAAAAAGGAUUGUCUGUUCCAACCAAAGCCAGUAUGAAAGAAAUACCUCCAUCUAUAAGUAAUGCAAGGAAAUUGGGAGCGGAACUUAAUGCAAGACUCAAAGGACCAGAAAAGAGCAAACGCAAUCAUACAAUGCCAGUAGUAAAAGUAGAAAGAAUGAAUGUGAACAAAAUGGAUGUUAAGAAAGUGACACCAUCUCAGGUGGCUAAAGCUGUAUCACCAUUAACUAAUGGGGAUUCAGUUAGUGAACAAAAAAUGAGAAAAACACCAACUCCACCUCCUCUCAAAGCAGAGUUAUCUGUUAAAAUCAAGUCUGAAAAUCUAAAUCCCCCACUAUUAACUGCAAUAACGACUGUCACAACGAAAACAAAAACUGUGCCUCCAAAUUUCAAGUCAACUUUCACUUCAAGACCAAUAUCUCCUCCUAAGUCAACUACACAUGUAUUGUUCUUAACGAAUACGACUCCCUCUGUUUCUAUAGCAACACCUACAUUGACAACGGCCACAACCACCUGUGUUACGACUACCAUGACAACUACUCAUAUGGCACCUCAAGUGUCAGCGACAAUCAAUUUCAGUAAUAUGAGCUUUGCUAAGCCAUGUAAAACUGAUCUUGAUAUAAAGAAUCUUCAGAACUUGGAGGCAGAUGAUGAUGAUCAUGACUAUGAAAGAGAACUGGUCAAAGAUUUAGAUCUAAAUCCAGUGAAAAUAGAAGAUCGAAGUUCUGAUGAGGGAUAUUCAUCUAGUCUUUAUAGUGUUAGUGAUACUUGCUUGAAAAACAAUUUUCAGAGGGCUGCCCUUUUGAAGGGACAGAACUUGUCUAGCUUAAGUGAUACAAAAUUACCUAGUAUUAGUACUACAAAUGUUGGCAAUAGGACUAAAAUGCCUGUUGAAAACUCAAGUUUGAAAAGUCACUUAUUAAGUGAUAGAAAGCCGAUCAACAUGAACAGUCACAGUGUUACUAGUCUUAAUAGUUUUAGUAAUACAAGUCUUAAUAGUUAUAGUAGUACAAGUUUAAACAGUUAUAGUGGUCAUAGUUUAAACAGUAGUGCUACUAUCAGUAAUACCAGUAUUGGAAGUACAAGUGGCAGCAGCAAGAAAAAGUACCCACGGUCAACUAUCAAGUCUGAUAAAUGUAUACCAUGUAAAGAUCGAGAAUAUGAUCCCAAUAAACACUGUGGUGUGAAUGGAGAAGAUAGUAAACCCUGUACAAGGUCACUCACUUGCAAGACUCAUGCUAUUUCUAAGAGAAGACAAGUAGCUGGAAGAAGAAAACCUUUUGAUGACUUACUAAAGGAGCAUAGAGCUGCUAAAGAGCUGUUGCUGAAACAGAAAGAAGAAAUGAAACAAGCUGCUGCUUUAGGUCUGCCUGUACCAACAGCAAUGCAAGCUGGAACCCCAACAGUCCCAGAUUUACCCAUUAAACACAAUCAGAUUAAGGUAGAAAAGGAAAAUACUUCUGGUCACAUGGACUCACAUAUUGCCAUUUUCAAGCCAGUUAAACCAAACAGUCUACAUUCUCAUAGAUCAAGUUUGUCUAGUUUACAUUCAUUUUCCACUCCCAGUCCACGAGAUGAUUUGAAACCUCCAGAUUUCCCUGACAGAGUAGAGGAAGAUGAUGCUCAGGAGAGUAUGUAUCUACCCUAUCAUCCAAGACCUGCUGCUAUGUGUACAUUUGGUGCUAGAUCUCAUAGUAAUAAUGGAGGGAAAAGGUGUUACUCAUUCAGUAGAAGGACAGACAUGUUCCGUGUUGCAUUCCUUAGUGCUCUGGAGAAACAUCUCAAUCCUCCUCCUUCCAAGAAAAGAUGUGUUGAAUCAAAUCUACCAAAGGAUACUCAGGGUUCUAUGAAUGCCAAGGAUCCUUAUGAUUUUCAAACAACAUUACCUAUUGAUGCUUCUGGGUUCCCACAAGUGCAGCAUUUUAAUACAGUAUUAAAUACUACAGACAAUUCUAGUGCUAAACACAAGUCACGGUCAUCCAGUGGAAGUAAACAUAAUAAACAGAAGGAUAACUCUGGUUCAAGAAGCCCUGGACAUGCAACUAAUAGUGCUAUUAUAAAUGCCAUUGGAAAUAGUGCCAAACGUAAACGCAGCAGCAGUGGGAUAUUAACUUCUGCAGCAUCACUACCAAACAGUGUUCAAUCUGUAUCCUCUAAUUCAACGAUGCACACAGUUAGUGCUCCCACUUUUAUGGGGAAUAUCACUAUCAAUAGUCAGACAAACACCCCAUUAAUUGCAAUACCCAAUGUGAAUCUUUCAAGUACAACUCUAAGUCAUUUGAACAAUUCCAAACAACCAAAGAACAAUCAGUUGUUUAAGGAUAUCGGACUUGUCCUCACAGGAUUAGACGGAUCAAUAGUGAAUGGUCAAUAUCUUAAUCUCACUGCCGCCCCGCAGACUAUUGACGAUAAAAUGUUGCAACAACACAACAUUGUCAAUAAAAACAAGAUUAUGAACCUUGAGCAAUUCAAAAAUUUGCAAAAGAGUAAUUUAAUACCAGUGACUCAGUUCUUUGUAGAUGGUGGUGGUGUUCCAGGAUCAACAGUUCUGGCCCCAGUUACAUUUGCACCUAUGUCGAACAGUUCAGUAGUUUCUAUAGCAAGCAAUGUCUCACAACCUCAGACCACACCAAUGUUAGCUUCACAUACACUGAAACCGGGAGCUGUUAGCAAUCAUGUAACAUUAACAUCGGUCCCAAAUGGUGUUUUAUCAUCUACAGACAAAUCCAACCCACGACCACAAGGUGUGGUGCAUCAUAAACCCAAGUCAAUCCACCCUCAGCAUGGCAUUCUCACUAAUGCUGUCAUAGCCUCAUCAAACAGUCAGCAGGUCUGUGGGGGACAGAUCUUCACCACACAGCUUGCUCUUAAGCCAUUAAAUAUUGCCAAGUCUGGUGCUACAGGGGAACUGUCCAUGCAGCCAGUGUCCUUGACAUUCCCACUGACCGGCCUACGUGUACCGGGUCAGCAGCAUUCGACACAGACAUUUUACAUUACUAGUACCAACGAUUCCCAGCAACAUGACAACAUCCAACAACAUCAAGUGUCUAACUCUCCAUCAUUGUCAUAACAAAUGAAUUUGUAUUACUUAUUUAUUUAUUGCACAUAUCUUGGGAGGGUUGGAAUAAGACAUUAAUAGACGUGGGAAACUCUGUAUGACAACAUGCUCAAUGACAUGACAUCAUAUUAUUUGUGAUAAUUUUCAAUAUUGAUCUAAUAUUUAGAUUUGUCUUGAACAAGGUGUAAAAUGUACAGAAACUGUAUUUUUGUGUUUUGUGUUUGCAUUGUACAUGUGUAUAGUACACAUUCUAUUAAUGUCAUAUCAACUUCAUUUAUAUAAUUUAAGAAAAAAUAUAAAUCAGUGAAUUUAUGGAAAGUUAUAUAAAAUCCUUUACAUAUUUAAACCACAUAAACUUAGCUUGUGCCAUGUGACUAAAUUGCAAUCUAUAAAUUAAUUAUAAUGAAAACAAGAUAUACUCUUUCUCUCUUGCCAAACUAAAACUCAUUUUUAGAGUGCAUGUUAUUGAUGUUAGGAUGCAUAUUGCUCUGGCUGUCUUUUGUAUUAUUGUAUUUUAUGCAAAAUCAACAGCAUGUAUAAGGAUGACUUAAGUAUAAUCUGUCUCAUUCUAUGACAGACGCAUUUUCAUUUAGCAAGAAAUUAGAGUUUUAAAUACACAUUUCAUUAUUCAUAGCUCAUGUGUUCAAAACUUUCCUUCUUUUGGUUUCUACAAGAUUAUAGUUGAGUGGAAGUAGGAAUAACUCCCAUCCAAAUUUCAUAUAUAAAAUAACUCAUUUGACAGACUAUUUCAAGGGUGAUAUAACUUGGACUAUUUUUUAGAAUUUAACCGGAAUUUAAUGGGUUUUGAAAAUUUGAUGAAGAGAGUGAGAAAAUAGAUUUAACUUCACAGUUCUUGAAACAAUUUUUUUUUUUAAGUUACUUGGUGAAGUAUAGAGCUUAAUUGUGAAAAGUGUUUUUUGCUUAAUUAGGAUAAAUAUGUUCUUAUUUUCUUGCAAUGGCAUUGUCAUACAUAUUUAUAUAAAGUCGUAAUUAUUAAAUUAUUAACUGUGAUAUUUUUCGACCUAAUGAAAUGUGCUGUACUUAUUUGUCAUUUAUAUCUGUCUAAGAAAAUUGAUAUGUAUUAAGGCUGUUUCAUUAAAAUGAAUAUAUGGGAGAAGUUGGCUGGGAGAAGAUUUUUUUAGCAACAUAUUUCUGGGUCAUCUUUGUUAUAUGUCCAGUUGAUGUAUGCAAAUUAUUUAAAGAAAGAUAUGAGGAUACUUCAUAAUUUUGGAUAUCUCUCAUUACAAUCCUACUUUCAUUUUAAUUGAAUAGCUCUUGUUCUACUUAUAACCAAGCAUUCCCAUAAGCAUAUGAUAAGUUGUGUUAAAGACGAAGUAUUUGCACAUUCUAAAAAUUUGUAUUAAAUAAAUAUAUUUGAGUUUGGAUUUUUAUAUUAAAAACAGGAACUUAGAUGGUAUUUAACUUUGAUAAAUCUGAAAUAUUAUAAUUUAGAAUUUGAAAGAAUUAUCAUUGUGUUGAAAAGAUGUAACAUGUGUAUCUGCUAUAUAUAGAAAUUGUAUACUUGUAUUGUUUAAAGGAGAUUAUUUGAACAAGAAUGUGCCAUUUAGAAUCUUUCCAAAUCCCCAGAAUUAAUAUUAACCAACAAAAAAAAGUAAAAUCACAGUUAUAAUUUUUCAAGAGCAAACACAAUUUCUCUUGAGUUUGUUUAUAUUUUAGCUGAACCAAUUCAUUACAAAACAAAUGAAUAUCCAAUACGUGUAAACUAGACCCAAUCCACUCACACAAACAUCAAUAGAUUCUUAAAAAAUGCAUGUAAUUGUUUUUGCUUAAAACAAGGAAAAUAAGGAUACUGAAGGGGAGGGUGUAUAUAAUUUUAGGUUGUUCUUUGAUAAGGUUGUAAAAAGUCAGUAACAUGUAUAUAUCUUACUGAUGAAAAUGCCUUUAAUGUUGACUGGCAAUCAUUUUAUUUAUCUCCUCCAAACAAAAUCUCUAAAAGAUUAAAAAGUUUGAAUUAUCUUGCACAUAUUUGAAUUUCAUUAACUAUUUACAAAAUUAUCCUUAAAAAGAUAGUAAUGAUAUUAGUUCACAAACUUUAUAAAUCAUUUAUACAUAUUUUUGAUGGAUGAUAUUUGUAUGAAUGCAAUUCACGAAGUUUUCAUUCUGACACAGAAUUGUUAAAAAAUAUUUCCACCCACUUGUAACAUAAACAUAUUGAAUCUCAUUGAAGUGAUCUCUUGACUUUGGACAUAAUUUUAUACCAUCCACUUUUACAUAAAAAAAAAUACCAUUUACUAGUGUCAGCAAAUAAUUGUGCUGCCAACAUUUACAUUAAAUUUUUCAAAAAUGAUAGAAAUGCAACAUUGUGGAUUUUAUUAUUCAUAUUCACAUAAAUUUACAAUACUGUCUAAGUUCUCAAGUUUGUCUUACCAUUUUUGUAGCAAUUAAGAUAAUUUUGAGCUUUUAAAUUUCCUACUUCAGACUUUGACAUGUAAGGGUUAAUUGUUGUCCUCAAAACUUCAAUCAACCAAGAUUAACUAAACAGAGUUAGAAAUGCUGGUAUUAGACCUUGACUUUUCAACACGAUGAAGUGUGAAACAUACAUGUGCAUACCAAAGACAUUUAUCUAGUCAGUUUUGAUCACUGUUGAACUUUUAUAAUCAUCAUUUUAAAGUCUUUCAGUAAAAUCUGAAAACUUUUAUCAAAAAGUCAAAAUUUGGUAGGAGAACAUUUAUUAAAAAAAACAUUAUAUAAAACAGAGGUUAGGUGAUAGAAAUUAAUUUUAAAUUCAUGUCUACAAUUUGAUAACUUGUGGAUUAUACAACUUGUUAAAUACAGUCAAUUCAUUGGUAUUUCCAAUAUGAUCAGAUGGACAGAUAUUAUUUGAGAUAUCAAUACUAAAUAUACGUGAAAUUUAUCAAGUAUGACAGGGAUUUUACUUUGAGAUUAUGCAAAUAUUGAGAUACCGUUUGGAGAUAAUGAAAGCCGACUUUUUUAUUAGCCUAUGUUUAAUGCUUUAUUAUCCUUAUUAUAUUAGAUGUCAGCAUACAAAACAAAUCAUUAAAUUUAUAUACAGCAGGGUUAUAGUUUAAACACAAAACCCAACACUUAUCUCUGACCACAUUAUCUCUGGUAGAAGGGCGAAAGAAAAUAAAACAAUUAGUGUACUUAAAUGUUAUAAUUAACAGACAGGGAUCCCUAAUGUUGAUAUUAUGAAUGUUACUGGUAUUUAUUGUCAAUUAUUAUGGUACAGUGUAGUAGAAAAAUAAUAAACAGCAUUGUGCAUGCUAACAGUUUAAUAAAAAUGAAUGCAAAUCGAGUCCUGUUCUGACAGGCAGUGGCUAAAAUCUACCUCGGUGAUAAAAAAUUGUAAUAGUCACUAAAAAAAAGAAGUUCUGUGAUAUAUUAUGAGUAGGCUGCAUGUUACUUAGGCCUUAGCCUUCACAAGAUGCUGUUGAUAUUUUUUUGUUAAGCUUAUAAUAUAUUUGUACAUAUAAAUUAUUAAAAUUGCCAAUUCAUAUGUUAAGUUCAACUUUAGUGUAUAAAGAAAAACGUAAUAUUAAAGGAAGAUUUAUAUAUGAUAUAAACUGGAUUUGUAAAGUAUGCAGUCGUAAACAUUUUUGUAUAUUUAUUAUUGUAUUUUAUUCUUCCUUCUUCAUUAAUUUCAUAUCAGAGGGACCAAUACUGCUUUGACCUACUCGGAACUGUUAAUUUAAAUUUUUAUAUACUUCCAAUUCAAAUAGCAAAACUUAAUUCUAGCAACACCGAAUUUGUGUUUUGAUGUCAGUAAGGCAGAAGGCAUAUCACAGGAAUGACAGACAAACACACAUGUUAAAAUAGAUUACACAUAUACAUGUAUGUAAUAAUUAACAAAACAAAAUUCUUGUUUUUGGUUUUUUUUUUUACCGAUAUUAAUAAAGGGAGGGCUCUCUUGUUUAUUGUGUUAUAUACAAUACAGGAACUUGAUAUUUUUAAUAGACAUACUUAUAUUUCCUAACUGUCAACAAUUUACAAAUGUUUGUAUGUUAGAUUUUGUAUUAUUUGCAGAAAGUUAUAUGUAAAUUGUAUUUGUUCUUAAUAUAUUUAUUUAUUGCUUUGAAUAUUUACAUGUAAAGCAGAUUUGUUAUUUUGAGGAUUUGUCUGUUUUCAAAUGUGCAGUUUAAACUUGGAAAAAAGAAAUGUCUUCCAAUAAUGUUUAUUGGCAACUUCUGUAACUUUGGAAAAAGGUAUAAUGUCAUAUUUUGCACAAUCCUAGAAACAUGAUAUUUUCCAUCCAUUCUAUAGCUUUUUUUCUUUUCUUAUACUGUUCAUAUCAGAUGUCAUUCACUGCACUAAAAUGACAACAGAUAGAGAUUGUCGUAAAUUAAAAAGUUGGAGUUGGAGAUUUUGAAUAUUUGCAUGAUGUUCAUUAUAUUUAAUUCUAAAUGGUAUACUGCCUAGAAGCAAGAACUUGUUUUUCAAAAGAUAAGUAAGACUCCUUUACAAAGCUGAGGUUCUUGUUUUGCUUCACUGAAAUGAAGCUUUACAAAUUCUCUGUACUACUGAAAAUGGUUGAGUUCAGAUGAUAUAUGUUUAAUAUUUUUAAACACUAGGCUUAAAUUUGAUAAAACCUUUAAUUUUUAGGCUUGGUGUUUGUUUUUUUCGUCUAAAAUUGAUGCUUUUUGGUGUUGCUUCAUUCCAUUUUAAAGCUGAUUUCCAUUAUGAGGAAAAGCUGUCUUUUUUAAAAUUCUUACUAUCAUUUAUUGAACACAACUCUUCUCAGAUGCUGUUAUGUUAUUUAAGAAAAAAGUUAUGAUUUAAUUCAUAUAUUGUAAGUUGUAAAGAAUAAGAGAGUAAGGGAGUAAUUACAUUUUCAUAGCAUGCAUGAGGCUCUUCAAGGGAAAUGUGCUAAAUGCUUUAUAAUAGAGUACUUCGUUCCUUAUAUACAUAUUUUUGAAUGAAUGCAAGUGUAGUUUUUAAAGUUUGAGAAAUAUAUCACACACUAUGCAAGAAUCUGUUUCACAAAUGAUUUUAGACAAGUUGCAGGCAACAUUAUUUUUUUUCUAAAUGAUAAGAAAACAAAAAUGUUCCUUUUGCACUGCAUCAGGUGUGAUCACCCUUAAACAUGUUGUCACAGUUUAUAAUCCAGAGAAAGACCAUUUAGCUUUUGUCAUAAUUGACUAGCAGCUUUCAAAUAUAUGAACAAAUAAACAUAAAAUAUACCAGUUAGGAAUCCUAUAAAUCAACAUCUAAUUAAAAAUUUAAUAUUAUUGUCUCUUUUGAGCAUGUACUUAUAGAAGUUCAAUGUACCCCGUAGUUUAUCUGACAACUGUGCUCAAAAUUUCAGCACAAACGUCUUUCAAUAACUUGUCUCAUAAGAAGUUGAAAAACAUUCUUGAUUGAUUCAUUCCUUGUCACAACUUUCAUUCCUUUUUCACAUUUUUAUACAAAUUUUAUAGCCUGUUCAUUGUUUAGGGGAAAGGAAAAAUAAGUAUACUUGUAUAUUCCUUCCCAAAUCGAAAUAAGUUGGAUUGUGCAGAUAAAGAUAAACAGUGUUUUGUAAAAUCCUCGAAAAAAAAACCUUUAUUCAAGUUUUGGUAUUGGCACAUCUUACAGAUACUUAUUAUAACUUGAUCCUCUUGCUUCCGGUGCAGAUUAUAUCAUAAUGUUUGAUUUGAUCAAUGAUUGGUUAAUUUGGCAUAGGGGUGAGUGGCUUUAUAAGGCAAGAGCCUAAUGUUCAUGAUACAUAGGUCCCAUAAUAGAUGUAGAAAACAGACAAUCCAAAUGUUCAAAACUGAGUUCAAGUUCAAAAUCCAAAAUGAAAUCACACUAUUUUGUUUGAGAGAACAUGUUUGUGAUAAACACAUUACUCAUUUGGUAGAUAGAAAAGUAUGCAUGUCAUGUCAUGUUAAUAAAUAGAACAUUUUGUCAUUAUUGUAAAGUUAAUUUAACAUUUUUUUGUCAUAACUGUAUAGUUAAUUUAAUAUUUUUUUGUCAUAACUGUAUAGUUAAUUGAAGAUUUUUGUACUUAAGAGAUGUGUAAAUAUCAAUUGUUUAUUAUGUACAUUGAUUGUUAUAUAAGAUUUAUAUACACUGUUUAAGUGAUACAAUAAACCGGCUAACGUUGGUGAAUAACUUA